UACAGAAGAGUUUUCUCUUUUGUUUCUGGUGCUGGUAAAAUUCCAUCUUGAUGACCUCAGUAGGUCAUCAAGAUGAUGGUGAGUUCCUGUUAACCUUUAAGAGUAAGUUGUGGAUGACUAAAGCAUUUAGGGACCUGAUGACCCAUCCCGUGGAGGAUCUCAGAGAUCCAUUUGUACCACUGUCUGCACUGUGUUGAUUUCCUUCCAUAUUGGACGAUUACUCUGGCCAUGACCUUUUUCUUCUGACCCUGUUGGAGAGGAGUAGGCGAGAAAUAAUGGCAGCAGCUACGGGGGAUCCUGGGCUCUCCAAAUUGCAGUUUGCUCCCUUUAGCAGUGCCUUGGAUGUUGGAUUCUGGCACGAGUUGACCCAGAGGAAACUGAAUGAAUAUCGGCUGGAUGAAGCUCCCAAGGACAUUAAGGGAUAUUACUACAAUGGUGAUUCUGCUGGGCUUCCAGCUCGCUUAACAUUGGAGUUCAGUGCUUUUGACAUGAGUGCUCCCACCCCAGCCCACUGCUGUCCGGCUAUUGGAACGCUCUUUAACACCAACACACUCGAGGCUUUCAAGGCCGCAGAUAAGAAGCUACUUUUGGAACAAGCAGCAGACGAGAUUUGGGAAGCCGUAAAAUCGGGCGCUGCCCUCGAAAACCCUGUCCUCCUCAACAAGUUCCUCCUCUUGACAUUUGCAGAUCUAAAGAAGUACCACUUCUAUUAUUGGUUUUGCUUCCCUGCUCUCUGCCUUCCAGAGAGUCUACCCCUCAUUCAGGGGCCAGUGGGCUUGGAUCAAAGGUUUUCACCAAAACAGAUUCAAGCCCUUGAGCGUGCAUAUGAUGAUCUUUGUCAAACAGAAGGAGUCCCAGCGCUACCUUACUUCUUAAUCAAGUAUGAUGAGAACGUGGUGCUGGUUUCCCUGCUUAAACACUACGGUGAUUUCUUCCAAGACCAAAGGACAAAGAUAACGAUUGGUGUAUAUGAUCCCUGUAACUUAGCCCAGCACCCUGGAUGGCCUUUGAGGAAUCUUUUGGUCCUAGCAGCCCACCGAUGGAGUAGCAGUUUCCAGUCUGUUGAAGUCCUCUGCUUCCGAGACCGCACCAUGCAGGGGGUGAGAGACAUCGCCCACAGCAUCGUCUUCGAAGUGAAGCUUCCAGAAAUGGCAUUUAGCCCAGAUUGUCCCAAAGCAGUCGGAUGGGAAAAAAACCAGAAAGGCGGCAUGGGACCGAGGAUGGUGAACCUCAGUGAAUGUAUGGACCCUAAAAGGUUAGCUGAGUCAUCAGUGGAUUUAAAUCUCAAAUUGAUGUGUUGGAGAUUGGUCCCUACUCUGGACUUAGACAAGGUUGUGUCUGUCAAGUGUCUGCUGCUUGGAGCCGGCACCUUGGGUUGUAAUGUCGCUAGGACGCUGAUGGGUUGGGGUGUCAGACACAUCACAUUUGUGGACAAUGCCAACAUCUCCUACUCCAAUCCUGUGAGGCAGCCUCUCUAUGAAUUUGAAGAUUGCCUAGCAGGUGGUAAGCCCAAGGCCCUGGCUGCAGCAGAGCGGCUCCAGAAAAUAUUCCCCGGAGUGAAUGCCAGAGGGUUCAACAUGAGCAUCCCCAUGCCUGGACACCCAGUGAACUUUUCCAGCGUCACCUUGGAGCAGGCCCGCAAAGACGUGGAGCACCUGGAGCAGCUCAUCGAAAGCCAUGAUGUCGUGUUCCUGUUGAUGGACACCAGAGAGAGCCGCUGGCUCCCUGCCGUCAUUGCUGCGAGCAAAAGAAAGCUUGUCAUCAAUGCUGCCUUGGGGUUUGACACAUUUGUUGUCAUGAGACAUGGCUUGAAGAAACCUAAGCAGCAAGGAGCUGGGGACUUGUGUCCUGGCCACCUUGUGGCACCUGCCGACCUCCUGGGCUCAUCGCUUUUUGCCAACAUACCCGGCUACAAACUUGGCUGCUAUUUCUGCAAUGAUGUGGUGGCCCCAGGAGAUUCAACCAGAGACCGGACCUUGGACCAGCAGUGCACUGUGAGUCGUCCAGGACUGGCCAUGAUUGCAGGAGCCUUGGCAGUGGAAUUGAUGGUUUCUGUUUUGCAGCAUCCAGACGGGGGCUACGCCAUUGCCAGCAGCAGUGAUGACCGCAUGAAUGAACCGCCAACCUCUCUCGGCCUUGUGCCUCACCAGAUCCGGGGAUUUCUGUCACGAUUUGAUAAUGUCCUUCCUGUCAGCCUGGCAUUUGACAAAUGUACAGCUUGUUCUUCCAAAGUUCUUGAUCAAUAUGAACGAGAAGGAUUUAAUUUUCUAGCGAAGGUGUUUAAUUCUUCACAUUCCUUCUUAGAAGACUUGACCGGUCUCACAUUGCUGCAUCAAGAGACCCAAGCUGCUGAGAUCUGGGACAUGAGCGAUGACGAGACGGUCUGAUGCGGCCCACCCUCGUGUGGCUGGCUUCUCCCUGGCUGCCUGUGGAGGACUUCUCUGUUGCCUGAAUGCGACUGCCACCUCCAGGAUAGGUGACUCUGGGCCCUGCGCCCCUCCCAUCUUUCUGGUCCCCUCCUCUGCAUACCUUGAGGACCAGGGCCCCCUCUCCACUGCCCAGGAGCUUCUGGGGUUCUCCAUUUCUCCUGAUUCAUGAUCCCGCUAGUUCUGAGCUGAAUAAUAACCUUGGCUUUGGCAUUGCCACUGAUCUUGGACUUGGUUCCCUCCACGAGUUCUUUUUUCUUCUUCUUCUUCUGGUCAAGUGUUUGAUAGUAAAAACUCCCAGGAUCCUUCCUACCUUGGCCCCGGCUGGGGCAGCAAUGAGGACAGGGAAGAAGUCAGCCCUACACACAGCCAAUGGGGAAAUGAGAAACCAGCUCCUUCCGGCAGCCACUGUGGGGGCAGCACCAGGGUCCCUGGGCCACGAUGCAAACCCGAGAGGGGCCUAUGGGCACCAGCGAGGGCUGAUGUGCCUGUGAGGUCUGUCAGCCUGGUCUGCUGGAGAGGGAGGGCAGGAGAGCUGACCUCCAUGUGGAACAGAAGGGCCCACACUCGUCCCAGUGAACUCAGAACUCCACUAUGGACAGACGGCGACCCAGACGGCUCCUCCGCCGCUUGGCCUGUCCUCAUGUGUGGGCAGAGCAUCUGUCCGUCCCUGCUCAGGGGAGGAAAGAAGUUGCCACUGCCGCCUGGGCAGCUGCCCCUCCUGCCUCGGAGAGGACGCCUCGGCACCCAAGCCCACUCUCCUGCAGCCAAGUGAGGGGGAUGCCUGCCCCACCCAGGGGUGCCCUCUACUGUCUCAGGCCCAGGACCCAGGCUAGAGUGGAGUCUGAGGCUGGCUCUUACAGGAGUGGGGAUUCUGCAGGCCAGGUUGUCAGCGGUGUUCCCGCCCGUGUGGGAUCUGUUGAUGCAGGGCCAUUGAGCCCUCCCCGGGGCCCGCGGGUCACACACACAGCCUGUGGUUUAAGAGCACUUUAUUAUUGUUCUUAAGGCUACUUUUAAGUACAAAAAAAAAGAUGGCCUGCCAAACCUUUUUUUUUUUCUUCCAGGAAAACAGGCCACAGAGAAUGGUAUAUUACAGAUUUACAAACAUGGAGAGAACGGUCAGAACUCACUGCAACGGCGUGGCUCUGUGAAGAACUCACUGUGCUCCUCCCGAGGCCAGGGAGUGUGUCCUUUCCCAGUGAAAUGUUUGGUUUUCUGCUUCCCCACUUGCCAGUGCCCCUCCAGGGUACCGCCUAUCCCAGAUAGGCCAGCGCCCCGGGGCCGUUCCUCCCAAAGCAACGGCCUCGCUUGGGGACAGACUAGAUGGCUGUCCCAGGAGCCUGCUCUUCACAGAGCCCACCGGCAGUGGGGUUGUUUUCCUGUGAACGCUCAGUAGCCUGUAGCAAUAACAAACUAGUGGCUAUUAAGGCAGAUGCAGUGUUCUCAUAGAAUAACUGUGUUCCUGCACUUUUACAGACAAAUCUACGACAAAAAAAAAAAAAAAA